AUGGAUCCAGCCAAUGAUCGUCUGCCGUACGAGUGUGCAGUGAACGUGGAGGAACUCGUUCGCCUGGAGGACGUGAUGGGGCAGCACGGGCUGGGCCCGAACGGAGGUCUCGUGUACUGCAUGGACUACAUAGACAAAAAUUUUGACUGGCUGCAGAGCAAGCUAAAGCCUCUUGAAAAGGACCACUAUUUCCUCUUCGACUUCCCAGGCCAAGUGGAGCUCUUCACUCUACACGCCAGUGCGCAGAGCAUCAUCAAGCGCCUCACCGACAAGAUGCACUACAGACGCCUCACUGACAAGAAGCACGACAUUGUGAGCUCAUUUGUGCAGCGAGCCGCACAAGUACGUGGCAGCGCUGCUGCUGCUGUCACCCCAGUACCCUCCUGUCCCGAGCCGCACAAGUACGUGUCAGCCCUGCUGCUGUCACUGCAGGCAAUGUUACACUUCGAGUUACCACACGUCAACGUUCUCUCGAAAAUCGAUCUCGUUGAGGCGUAUGGACCCUUGGCCUUCAAUCUCGACUUCUAUACAGACGUGCAGGACCUCUCGUACCUGCAGCAGCAUCUCGAGAGCGAUCCGCGCAACAAGCGCUACGCCAAGCUGACAUCAGCAGUGUGUGAAGUGGUGGAUGAUUUCGGCCUCGUCUCGUUUGAAACUCUCAACAUUCAGGACAAGGAGAGCGUAUCAAAUCUGAUCCGCACAAUCGACCGGGCGAACGGCUAUGUGUUUGCGGGGAUAGAGGCGAGCGCUGCUGAGUACUCCAAGAUCGCCACACGCUCCAUGCAGUGGGAGGAGGAAAGAUAUCCCCCUCACAAUCUCUCUCUCUUACCCCUCACAAUCUCUCUCACUCUUACCCCUCACAAUCUCUCUCACUCUCUUAGCCCUCACACUCACUUCUACGUUUCCCUCUUCACUCACCCUUCUCUGGCACAUGCGACUCGACUGGAUGACAGCACCUCGAUGAGUAGCGGUCGAUCAGAUCCCGUAGAUCACUUUAGAGCGCAGCAAGAGCAGCCAUUGGACGAGAAGGAGGAAGCCGUUCGGCUCCUCACACGAUUGGAACGGAGCCUAGACGCGGCUGCUGACGUGGCAGCCGUUGAAACAGCUGUCGCCUCUUUGCUGGCACCAGACGUGCGCGCUGGCGCAUCGGCUGUAGCGGCGGAUCGCGCGAGCAGCGCAUUGGACGGGACCGGAGAUGAAGCGUUCUCCACGGCCGUGAGAGACGCCGCAGUGACAGAAGCGAAGGCACCAAUAUUGUCACCUCUUCGCGUGCUACUAUCGGACCACCUCGUGGCGCUCUCGCAGCUGCUUCUGUUCCGUCCGAGCAACGCCAGUGCUUCCCCCUUCCGCCCGCCGCGCCCUGCUCGACCCGCUCUUCCUCUCCGCGCCCCUCCCCUCCGCGCUAGACGCCCUCCUCCCCCUCCUUUCCGCCUCCCCCUCCGCCUACACUGCUUCCGCGGACGAGGAGUCGCGUGGGGGGGAAGAUGGGGGGAGAGGGAUGGGGGGAAGUGCUGGGGAGGGGAGUGA